AUGGUGCGACGUAAAGAUAAACGGCUUAGCCAAUUGUGCACUGUUUUCGUGUGGCUGCUAACCUGUUUCAACGGACUUACCGCGGUGAAGAUAGUGAAAGUUGUUGUACCAGAAAUUAUUCAGUAUGGUGUUCAAGACGCUGUUGUAUUAGACUGUGAUUAUACGUAUGGAAACAAUACUUCGGGGUUGGUUGUGAAAUGGUUCUUUAAGAACAAAGCAAGACCUGUGUACCAAUGGAUUGCUACACAGAAGCCGCAGGAUAUGGGUAUAUUACGAGGUCGAGUCGACUUGACGUAUCGAGCGUCAAACGACCCAUUAAAAAUGCAUAGGGCGCUGCGUAUAGUGAAACCAAAUACAGACAUUUCGGGUGACUAUACCUGUGUUGUGUCGACUUUCAUGGAGGAGGACUCGAGGACGAAACAGAUGAUUGUUUUUGUGCCGGAGACGAACUUCCGUCUCAUCCAGAACAAGACUGAUGACGACACUGUGAACGUCAUCUGCGCUGCGGACGGGGCUUUCCCUGCUCCGAAUCUAACUUUAGCUACGCCGGAAAGGCGACUAGACGGUGUAUCGCAUAGUUUAAAGUUAGUGAACGGGAGGUACUCAGCUGUGGCAUCUGUUACGUUGGUAGAUGCCGAUCUUCCGACCCCAGCAGAGUUUAUUUGCACUUUGCGGAUACCGCUCGCCAACUACGCUGUAAGGAAAGAGGCUAUAUACUACCCAGGACCGAUCAGUACCACACCAGAGAUGCCGACUGCAGCUGAUAUGCAACUAGCGGCUGCAGUGGGGUCUAAAGGAACUAACUUUUACACAGCGGUCACUAUGAUUUUGCUACCUGCUUUAGCUCAACUAUUUGUAUCA